CAACACGUUGACAAGAUGCAACUGUUCGUCAUUUGCCUGCUGACGGCCACUACAGCCGCCUUUACCCUCUUUGGCCCGCACAUUCGCAUUGUCCCAGGUGCGAAGCCCAACGAGAUCGUGCUACACUUCCGCAACCCGUGCAAUAACAAGACCAGCAUCACGACCCUAAGGCCACCGCCGCCACCCUGCCAGCAACAUCCCACGACGCCGGCAUGCGAGCACAGGAUCACCAGUCCCGCACCCACGAAGACUCCCUGUCCGCACGGCGAGACAACACCACAUCUAUGUGGCACCCCAACCACCCCGCACAAUGACUGCGAACACCACACCACAACUCCACAUGACUGCGGGCCGGGGCCCACAACAAGCAAGGCAACGACCCCAAGGCCAACAUUCGAAACCACAAUACGGACAACGCAGAAACCCACAACGACUGCCAAACCCACCCAAACAACGAAGCCAACGACUCUGAAACCAUCAGACACGACCACUUCUAAGCCCACAGAUGCAACAACGAAGCCAACGACUCUGAAACCAUCAGACACGACAACUUCUAAGCCUACUGCUGCAACAACGAAGCCAACGACUCUGAAACCAUCAGACACGACCACUUCUAAGCCUACAGAUGCAACAACCAAGAUAACGACUCUGAAACCAUCAGACACGACCACUUCUAAGCCCACAGAUGCAACAACGAAGCUGACAACGGGGAAGACGACAGAACGAACAACCAGGAAGACGACGGAGAGACCAUCCACAACCAACACUGGGCAAACCACUGCAUCGCUUCCACCGUUCAACAUCUUUGAUGUUGACCGAUAAGUGGAGCCGACGACGACGACAGCGGCGUUU